GCAGUGCGUGUGCGCAGCCGGUACCGGCGGAAAGGAAGCCGUGGCCCGGCGGCAAUGGCGAAGCGGGUGCUGAAGGGGCUGCUGGUGCUGGAGCUGGCGGGGGUGUUCGGCGCCUUCCUGCUCUACCGCGCCAUGGACGGCAGCCAAGAUUUCAGAUACACGAUGCAGAAAAGGUUUCCAUCAGUUCUGGAAGUGUAUUACAAAUCCAAUGAGUGGGCUGGAAUUCAUGGCAAAAGGGAAAAUGACCAAAUGACAUGGUUAAGCAGCAAGAACUGAAGCUUCUGUGCCUGAACUGCUUCUUCCUUUUUAUGAUGCUUUUCACAUCCUUGUUGUGAAGCCACUUGUCACGUUCUAUUUCCCACUGGAUCUGUUUGAUAUCUGCAACAGGAAAAGUUAGAAGUCAGGAGCUGAUGGAUAGCUGGUAGAAGACAAGGAGCUCUGAUCAUGAUGUGGAAUACAGAUUAAUCAUUUAAAAGUUAAAACUUGGCUACUGUAUUUAUAAAUGUUAAUAAAGUGCAAACUGCCAACUUCUUUUUUGAUAGCA